CGUAGCAUCAUCAGAAGAGAGAGAAUUUAAUACAACAAUAUGGGUGGAGUUGCUUGGACUGAAGAAGAGGAUCACUUGCUUAAGAAAUGCAUACAACAAUAUGGUGAAGGCAAAUGGCAUAGGGUUCCUCUAUUGGCUGGUCUAAACAGGUGCCGAAAGAGCUGCAGACUAAGGUGGCUGAACUACCUUCGUCCUAACAUAAAAAGAGGAAAUUUUGCAGAGGAAGAAGUGGAGAUGAUUGUUAAACUCCACAAAUUAUUGGGAAAUAGGUGGUCACUGAUUGCAGGAAGGCUGCCGGGAAGGACUGCCAACGAUGUGAAGAACUAUUGGAAUUGUCAUCUGAGCAAGAAACUGAAUGCAAUGGAAGGCGAAGACAGAUCACAAGCGACUAAAAAUGUUGAAGUGAUAAGGCCACAGGCUAGAAACAUUGGCACUUCAAGCUCCAUGAAGCGAAGAAGGGGAAUUCAGGGCGAGUCAUCAUCGCCGAUCGAGAGCGAUUUACUUGCUCAACAAGAAAUCAGUGGCAUGUCGUCCACAAUGUCGUUUGAUGCCGACGGACAAAGCCAUCAUAACAUGCUAGAAUCGCAGCUAGAAAACAACAUAUACUCAUGCUUGGAGCAGCAGGACAUUGUUGGUGAGUUGCCUAUGGAUUUCCGAUUCGAAGGAGGAGUUGAAGAGAUCAUCAACGCCGGCGAAGGGAGCAGCGGCCAGUGGGAUUGGGAUGACUUGCUGUUAGACAUGGAUCUAUAUAAAGAUUUUGCGACUAAUUAGAGCACCACACCACUCUCUCUGUUGUUGUUCUUGUUAUACGCAAUUAUUAGUUGCAUAUCAAUAUAUCAAAUUAAAGUUGAAUGUGUUCAAGGAGAAAUUGGUAGCCAACUAGGUGCACUUUCCAAUUCUCUUGAACUUGCUAUUA